AUGGCGCAGAACCAAAUCAAAGAAACAGACAUCAUGGUGCUCAUCGCGGCAAUCCAAAACUCCGUUGGCCCAAUCCAGGUCGACGCCGAAAAGGUCGCGAAGCAGCUCGGCAUGAGCCUCUCGACCAUCCCGCCUAAGUUCACGGCCAUCCGCAAGCGAUACAACAUUGACAUCAAGGUCGUCAAUUCUGGCGCGUUACAGCGCAACAGGCAGAACAGCCCCAAGAAGCGGCGGCUCUCGAAUGGCGGCGGGCCGAAGACGGUCCGAUUGCUCAACUCUCACCGUCACCACCAUCACCAAGAAGGCCCAUCCGCGAUAGGCGAGGAGAUGUGUUUGCAGACUGAUGUGGCUCCACCUCAAGGGACUUUGUGA